AUGGCCAACCCAAACCCGACGCCGACCACCACUGCCGCGGUGCCGUCCUCCGAGUCGGCUUCUGCGCCCGCAGCCGCCUCUCCGACGACAGCAGUCCAUGCCCCACCCCUUCCACCCAGGCAUGCCCCUGUCGCUGCCAGCGUCACUACUCCGGCGUCAUCGGCUCCAGUCGCGACUCCAGCCUCCACAGCCCCAGCGACAGCGACAGCGACCCCGGCGCACCCUAUGGACAUCAAGAUCAAUCCUGCUGUAGCUGCUGUGGCAUCUGUCGGCCAUGACGGCGAGACAGUCCAGACACCAGGCAGGCUGCCGCCCACGAUCCCCUCGGUGUCCCCCGCCACCGCCGCUGCACUGCCUGCUGGCGCGCACAAGGUCGACUCGACAACACGGCCCGCGGCCGUGGCAAAGGCCGAGCUCAUUGUCAAUGCCGACACACCCAUCACGGGCACAUACUAUCUGGACCCCUGCCUGAGGCACACGCUCUUCCACAUGCCCCACGCAUUCAGUGCCGCAACCGAGGCCGCGCUGACGGGCAUGGGAGCGUACGCGACUCCGCAGGGCACGACGUCGACUGCGCCCACGACUUCGUCGACGCAGACGCCCAUCAGCACGGCCUCUGCACCCACUGUCACACCGGCUACGAACACUCUGACCGCCGAGACGUCGGGGCCCACCCCAGCGCCAGCGGCCGCUGCUGCCGGGCGCCACGGAGAGUCCGCGCAUCACCACUACGCCAAGGUCGCUCAGUCGUGGGUCGUGCCUCCCGACGCGCGCUUUGUGUCUGAAUCUGGCCCCAUUACGCUCUCGCUGGCGAGCAUUGACGAGGCGACGCAUGGCGUCAUGGAGACCAAGACGGACGCGGACGGAAAGCCGACCCCAGUCACCCCGAGGGGCAGGACGAAUGUGCGGGUCAGCGUCGAGUCCAAGACGGGCGGCGUGUACAUUGAUGUGUGCGACCUGGACCCGAACCGCCAAAUCGAGCUCACAAUCAACACGGAAGCCGACGUCUUCGUCCUCCUCCCGACCGCCUUUGUGGGGCCUAUCAGCAUCACGGCCCCGCACUCGCCGCAGUGGGGGUCGGUGCUGUACCCGCAGCUCGCGGCCGUGACCAACACGUAUCCGAGCCUCUACACCACGUCUCUCGCGCCGCCCAGCGCGCGCCAGGUAAAGGGCCACAUCGGCAGGCUGGGCGGGCGCCUCGAGACGUCGCUCGAGCACCACAUCAUGAAGAAGAUUUCGAAACACAUCCCCGACGAGCUCCAUGCCCAGGACGGGUAUGUCGACAUGCUCGUGGCGGGCUAUGCGUCUUUUUCGCGCGAUAACCAGAGCAAGCUGGUCGUCAACACCACCAAGGGUAAAGUGGCUGUCGGAUACCGCCAGACCCACGACGAGGAGGCGGGCAAGCGCGGCGGGCUCAAGGUCGGCGCCGCACACGAUGCCGCCAAUGCACCGCACAAGAAGUGGUGGAGCCUGUAA